AUGGAUCAUCAGAAUACCACAAUAGGUGACAACCAAGAGAACAAUACAGAUGCAAACAAAACGAUCCUCGUCACAAAACAAGUUAGGUUAGUGCGAUUCAGGGAUAUAGUGGAAACUACUAUAUUUGCAGCUCUUUACGCUUUGCCUAAUCAGCAUGCUGGGUAUGAAAAGCUCAUACUCAAAGUUAGAGAUAUAUUGCACCGUAACAUGUGGUCAUCUCACUUCUUUUCGUUCAUAUUGUUCACAUUUGGGUUUUCAUCUGGUUUUCUUGCGGCAAUGAUUCCACUAUGGAAAAUGGUUAUGGAAUGGUCAUUUUAUUUCCGAGCUUUUAUGCUUGUUACUACGACUGGAUUCUAUAUUCAACUAAAAAAUAAUGGGAUGCAACCCAUGGAUCAUCAGAAUACCACAAUAGGUGACAACCAAGAGAACAAUACAGAUGCAAACAAAACGAUCCUCGUCACAAAACAAGUUAGGUUAGUGGGAUUCAGGGAUAUAGUGGCAACUACUAUAUUUGCAGCUCUUUACGCUUUGCCUAAUCAGCAUGCUGGGUAUGAAAAGCUCAUACUCAAAGUUAGAGAUAUAUUGCACCGUAACAUGUGGCCAUCUCAUUUCUUUUCGUUCAUAUUGUUCACAUUUGGGUUUUCAUCUGGUUUUCUUGCGGCAAUGAUUCCACUAUGGAAAAUGGUUAUGGAAUGGUCAUUUUAUUUCCGAGCUUUUAUGCUUGUUACUACGUUUGGAUUCUAUGUCAUUUUUUGUGUUAUAUUGAAUGAGAAGUUGCCAAAUUUCACCUUAGGCAACAUUCUAGAUUUCUUGGUGGUGUGGCUGCUUGGUUGUUCUUUGGUCUUCUUGGAAGUUGCAACAUAUGCUAUAAUAUCGAAGGCCUCCGGUCAAAUUACUGAGUGGACCAGAGAAGAAGAUGAGAAACUGCUUCACCUUGCUAAGCUCAUGCCCACACAAUGGAGAACAAUUGCCCCAAUUGUGGGUCGUACUCCAUCUCAAUGCCUUGAACGCUAUGAGAAGCUCCUUGAUGCAGCCUGUGCAAAGGAUGAGAACUAUGAAGCAGGUGAUGAUCCCCCUGGAGAGAUUGAUCCAAACCCAGAAUUGAAGCCUGCGCGUCCAGACCCUGUUGAUAUGGAUGAGGAUGAGAAGGAAAUGCUUUCAGAAGCACGAGCUCGGUUAGCCAACACUAGGGGCAAGAAGGCAAAAAGGAAAGCCCGGGAAAAGCAGCUUGAAGAGGCCAGGAGGCUAGCUUCUUUGCAGAAAAGGAGAGAACUAAAGGCAGCUGGAAUUCAAACUAGGCAAAGGAAAAGGAAGAGGAUGGGUAUUGACUAUAAUGCUGAAAUUCCCUUUGAGAAGAAGCCUCCUCCAGGCUUUUUUGAUGUCGCUGAUGAAGAUCAACCAGUGGAACAGCUCAAGUUCCCUACCACCAUUGAAGAACUUGAGGGUGAAAAAAGAACUGAUAGGGAAGCAAGAUUAAGGAAGCAGGAUAUUGCAAGGAAUAAAAUUGCACAGAGGCAGGAUGCCCCAUCUGCAAUACUGCAAGCAAACAAACUAAAUGAUCCAGAAGCAGUCCGGAAGAGGUCAAAACUGAUGCUUCCUGCACCACAGAUUUCAGAUAAUGAAUUGGAGGAGAUUGGGAAGAUGGGUUAUACCAGUGAUCUCCUUGCAGGGAGCGAGGAACUCAUUGAAGGGAAUGGUGCAACUCGUGCUCUACUUGCAAAUUAUGCUCAGACACCACGACAAGGAAUGACCCCACUACGGGCCCCUCAGCGAACACCUGCAGGUAAGGGUGAUGCUAUUAUGAUGGAAGCUGAAAAUCUGGCCAGGUUGAGAGAGUCUCAGACACCGUUACUUGGAGGAGAAAAUCCAGAACUGCAUCCUUCAGAUUUUUCUGGGGUCACUCCUAAGAAAAGGGAGAUCCAAACGCCAAACCCAAUGUUAACUCCUUCAGUGACUCCCGGAGAUGGUGGUAUGACACCAAGACUUGGCAUGAUUCCAUCAAGGGAUUCAUUUGGUCUUACUCCAAAAGGAACUCCAAUUAGGGAUGAGCUUCAUAUUAAUGAUGGCGUGGAUAUGCAUGAAAGUGCAAAACUUGAGCUCCGUAGACAAGCUGAUUUGAGAAGGAACUUACGUUCUGGUUUGAGCAACCUUCCACAGCCCAAGAAUGAGUACCAGAUAGUUAUCCAACCAGUCCCUGAAGAUAAUGAAGAACCAGAGGAGCAUAUUGAAGAAGAUAUGUCUGAUAGGAUGGCUAGAGAGAAGGCUGAGGAAGAAGCGAGGCAACAAUUGUUACUUAAGAAGAGAUCGAAAGUGCUGCAGAGGGAGCUCCCUAGACCUCCCGCUGCUUCAUUGGAACUAAUUAAAAAUUCUUUGACAAGAGCUGAUGAAGACAAGAGCUCCUUUGUUCCCCCAACUUUGAUUGAGCAGGCUGAUGAAAUGAUAAGAAAAGAGCUUCUAUCCUUAUUAGAUCAUGAUAAUGCAAAGUAUCCACUUGACGAAAAAGUGGACAAGGAUAACAAGAAAGGAGCCAAGCGGGCUGCAAACAGAAGAUCUGUUUCUGUCCCUGUGAUUGAAGACUUUGAAGAAAAUGAGCUGAAGGAGGCUGGUUAUUUCAUUAAGGAAGAGGUUCAGUUUCUUCGCUUGGCAAUGGGGCAUGAGAAUGAGUCCCUUGAUGAGUUUGUUGAAGCACAUAAAACAUGUUUAAAUGAUAUCAUGUAUUUCCCUACUCGUAAUGGUUAUGGUCUAUCUAGUGUUGCCGGAAACAUGGAGAAACUUGCUGCCUUGCAGAAUGAAUUUGAGAAUGUAAAGAAAAAGAUGGAUGAUGAUACUAAGAAGGCACAACGCCUUGAGCAGAAGAUAAAACUUCUUACUAAUGGUUGUCAGAUGCGAGCUGGGAAACUUUGGUCACAAACUGAAGCAACUUUUAAGCAGAUGGACACUGCAGGAACAGAACUCGAGUGCUUUCAAGCUUUACAAAAGCAAGAGCAGCUGGCAGCAUCACAUAGGAUCAAUGGCCUCUGGGAAGAAGUUCAGAAGCAGGAGCUUGAGCAAACUUUGCAGAAACGCUAUGGGGUUCUUGUAGCAGAGAAAGAAAGGAUCCAAAGCCUCGUGGAUGCUUUCAGAGUACAAGAAGAAGUUGCAGCAAAAAAUCGUGCUCUUGAGUUGGCCAAUGCUGCAGCAAAUGAAACUGCUGAGCCUCCAGCUGAUGAAAUUCCAAGCCAAGAGAUAGAUGCUGCUCAAGUACAAGCUAAUGCAAAUCAAAAUUCUGCUGUCAAAUUGAAUAUUAACUCUGACCUUACUGAUGGAGAUGAGAUUAUUAUGUGUGGUGACACUGUCAAUGGUACUAUUGGUGAGAAUUUAACGAGCCCAGAAGUUGCUGGGGGGGAUUUAUCAGCUAAGGAUCAGCAGAAUACUGGGGAAAAUGGAAUCAAGGAUAAUAUCCUGACCAGGCCAGAAGACAUUGUCCCAGAAACAGCUGAAGAUGGUAAUGCUGAUAAGGACAGACAAGUUUCUAUCGAGGUGGAUGGUUUGUCCGAAACUUCAGUGAAGGAGGCAGUGAUAGUGAAGAAUAGCUUGCAAGAGGAUUCAUUAGUGGUCCCACUUUUGAAAACUGUCUAUGGUUUUGUGACUGAAUUCUAUGUUCUUAGGCGGCUUCAUUAA